AUGCAAGCCCAGCUGAUGCUAGGUAACGCAUAUGCUGCUGCUGGCAAGAAUACCGAUGCCGAGCCCAUGCUAGAGUCGGUCCGCGCCAGAAUGGAAGAAGUUUGGGGAUGGAAUCAUGUUGCUACCAUGGCAUGCACGAAGUCCCUGGUCCUAGUCUUCGAAAUCCUGGAGAAGUAUGACAAAGUCCAGGAAUUGUAUGACACUGCUAUCAAGGGUGCUCGACAAGCACUGGGACGCGAGUAUCCCUGGACCCUGGAACUCAUGAACAACUGGGCUUGCUUUUCCGUUCGGCGUGCCGACUUUCACAAAGCAAGAGAAUUACUCAAUGACGUGUACGAGGCCAAAAAGCAUGUCUUGGGCCAGAACCAUCGGACCACCAUCGACACACUUUGCAAUUUGAGUCAAGUCGCUCUCGAUCAGGAUGAGUAUAAGGGUAUCAUGGAAAGUGCAGUCGAGAGCCUGAGGGACGACCACGGGGACGGUAACAUCAAUGUUAUGGGCCCCAAAUGGGGACAUGGGAGCCUUCUCGGCCUCGAAUGGGUGCGGAACUUUGUCCGAAAGUGGACCGGAAUGGAUGUCCAAACCUUCACAGAGUACUUGAGCAGCGACGUUCUGGCUGAAUGGAGCGGUUUCGUCAACCCGAAGGUGCUGUUGGAAGAGGCUUGUGCAGCAGGGUACGAACCCGCGGUGCAGAUGCUUUUGGAGAAAUACGGCAAAGUCGAUGACUGGAAGGGAGAAGUGAAGCCGGAUCUGCAGACAGCGUUCCGCAAGGGAGUGGUCUCAGGAAGCGAACCUGUUGUGCAGUUGCUACUUGACUACGACGUCGAGAUCAACGAACCGGACAACGACACUAUGAAAACAGCCUUGCAUGACGCCGCAGAACUGGGAUAUGAGAGUAUCACGAGCCUUCUGCUUGAUAUUGGAGCUGAUGACUAUUCAUUUGACGGAUGUGGAAAUGUCGCUAUGGAUUUGUCGAUGAAGGCGGGGCAUGAGGGUGUUCCGCCGGAAGGCCAGCACAUACACCCGGUACCAAACACCAACGUCCAAAAAGAGAGCUCGUCACGGGUUUUGAAGCAACAGUGGUUCACUUCUAUUCCGAAAACGUUUCUGGCGACGUUCGCCUCGACGGGUCAGCCACGAACGACGGACAUCGAGUCCAGCAUGUACCAGUGGAAGAUUUUGUGUGGAACAAAGAUGGUUUACUCGAUGAAGUGUUGGCGGACAGAGUUGGCAACGAAUACUACCCAGAAGCAGACUUUAGGUGGAUACACCUUCCUGCCAAUUGCCAGUAUCCUUGAUCGCCUCAAGCAGAAGUACAGAGCUCCAGUCACAUCCGUCUUUGACCUGGCGGAGUUAAUUAUGGCCCGAUGCCUCGGUCUUAACUUUGAUAAGAUCGAAUGGGAGUACGAAAGACAUCGCUACCUGGAGAUUUUUGAUUACUCCAUCAACUACGUAGCCAACGAAGAAGCCCGCUGUUUCAACGAUUUCGCCGACAGAGCGAAGAAAAAGGACAGGGAAAAUGGUGACAAGGCCAAGAAAAGAAGACAGGGCCUGGAGAAAGAGGGACAGAAGACCCCGAAAAAAAAACCAAAGAAGAACAAGAAGGAAGAAAACCAAGCAGUCAAACAUCGAGAUGCCAGAGUCAUUGUGGAGGAUUUAAGAAGAGAAGCCAAUGACACUAUGAACCGAGGUAUCAGAGGUGUCGUGGAUGAUUUUUCGAGGUUCAUGGUUCCGGCGCUUCGGCCGGACAAGGCGGAAGAUUCAACCCCAAUUGUGCUCCAGCAAGAUAACACGGUUGGCGUGCGAUCGACCAGCCGAGUUGAAGCAAGCACUGGGGAUGAUCUAUUGGCCAAUAGGACGAGCGAGGAAAACUCGAAGACGUCCUUGGACCCCAAGAAAGUUCAUCGAGAGGAGGAGUCCUUUGAUAUAUCGCACGAAGUCGAGCUGCUACGAGAGAUCAAAGACAUACGAGAUGAAUUGAACAUGUUGAGUAACCUCUUUGGUCAGCAGAAGCUUAUACUGGAGCCGUUUACACAUAUCAUCGCGGAGGCACGACAGAGCGCCGCUGUAUCGGCAGGAGAUGCAACGGACAAGUCAUCCUCGAAACCCAGUCUCGUGGGCGCUGUGGAGAGACAUAUUGCUUAUGUCGAGCAGAUGGAUGACAGUGCAGGGAGGCUCUAUCGCCAUCUCGAGGAUCUCCUAGAUUUAAAGCAGAAGCAGGCGAACGUCUACGAAGCUCGAACAAUGCGUGUUUCGGGAAAUACCAUCACAGUCUUUACCAUUGUCACGAUUAUAUUUCUUCCGGCGUCAUUCAUGGCUGCGUUCUUGGCUCUGCCAAUCUCCGAGUAUCCUUCCGUCGAUAAUGACAAGAUGCAGCUGGGCUACGCCAUCAAAUAUACCGGUGCGAAAGACUCAAAGUCCAAAAUCUCUCGAACCAAGCCCCGCUAA